GGGCCCAGAGCAGGCGUUUAAAGAUGGCGGCGGCGGCGGCGCCGAGAGGGGCACGGUGGUCGUGAGGCGGCCGCGCUCGGCCUCGCUCGCAGCCCCGGCGCAGGAGCGGCGGCACCACCGGGGAUGGCUCAGGUUGAAAGAAGAAAAGGAGACCUGCUUGUCCAAUGAAGAUGCAGUCUUAGUCUUCAGCUAUUUAAGCUGAAUGCAUUGUGAUUUCCAAUAAUUGAGACAGUGAUUCUGAAAGCUGUCUACAUUAAUGAAAAGAACAAUGUAGUCAGCUUAACUGAAUCAUCAGUGUUGCAUAUUGAAUAGAACACGAUAAACCAAUCCCGAUGGACUCGUGCAUGUUAGGAGUAUAGAUAUAAACAUUUAUUAAAGCGUUGGUUUGUUUUUUUAAAGACAGUAGUUUUAAAAAUGGAGAACUAUGAAGGUGUACCACCCCUCCCCAACGAACCCGCGAGAGAAAUGAAUGUGGAGAACCAGAGUUGUCCCCCACCUCUGCCGCCCAACGAACAGCCUCCACCACCUCCCCUGCAAACGUCCAGUGACGCAGAGGUAAUGGACGUUGGCUCUGGUGGUGAUGGACAGUCAGAUAGCCCUGCUGGGGACACGCCUGGGCUCUGCAGGACUCAGCUGCUCACCAAGGGAUCUGCCUGCUACAAGAGCCGCCUCAUCGUGGACCCCGCCGGCGGCGACCAAAGCCCCAGGACCGCCCGUCACGCCCCGUCGCUCCGCAAGUUCACCCCAGAUCUUAAGCUGCUGAAGGAUGUGAAGAUUAGUGUUAGCUUUACAGAGAGCUGCAAGAGCAAAGACAGGAAAGUUCUGUACACUGGAGUUGAGCAGGAUUAUAAGGCAGACGCAGAGUUUGGUGUUAAUAAUGUCAAUGGGGAUUUGCAUGUUUGUCCUUUCGGUGGUAGUAAUGGUAAGGCUGUAGGAAUAGGGGGAGACAGUGAGGACAAGAAGGAUGAUGAAAAUGAUAUUGAUCAGGAAAAGAGAGUGGAAUAUGCAGUUCUGGAUGAGCUAGAAGACUUUACCGACAAUUUGAUGGAAAUAGAUGAAGAAGGAGGAGGGUUCACAUCUAAAGCAAUCGUUCAAAGAGAUAAAGUGGAUGAAGAAACUUUGAAUUUCUCAUAUGAGGAUGACUUUGAUAAUGAUGUGGAUGCUCUGCUGGAAGAGGGUCUCCGAGCACCCAAAACAAGGAGACUAGAUAAUGAGAAAUAUGGUGGUGAGAGCGAUCACCAGUCUGAUGGAGAAACGAGUGUGCAGCCAAUGAUGACCAAAAUUAAAACUGUCCUGAAGAGUCGUGGCCGCCCUCCUACAGAGCCUUUGCCAGAUGGAUGGAUCAUGACAUUCCAUAACUCGGGCAUUCCUGUAUAUCUGCACAGAGAAUCCAGAGUUGUUACCUGGUCUAGACCUUAUUUCUUGGGAACAGGAAGCAUAAGGAAACAUGAUCCUCCCCUUAGUAGCAUUCCUUGCUUUCAUUACAAAAAAAUGAAGGAAAAUGAGGAAAGGGAACAAAACAAUGACAUAACCCCAAAUGGGGAGGUAUCACCUGUAAAGCAUCUAGAGAAAUCCUCAGAACUGGACUGCCAAACGGAAGAACCAGAUUCCACUGCUGCUGAUUCUGGGCCUUUAGAUGACAAAGACCCCUCUGGGGGAGAUGCAGCACAAGGAGCCUUGGGACAAGUUAAGGCCAAAGUUGAAGUAUGUAAAGAUGAAUCUGUAGAUCUGGAAGAUUUCCGGCGCUACCUGGAGAAGCGCUUUGACUUUGAGCAGGUGACGGUGAAGAAGUUCCGGACGUGGGCGGAGCGGCGCCAGUUCAACCGUGAGAUGAAGCGCAAGCAGGCCGAGGCCGAGCGGCCCAUCCUGCCUGCCAACCAGAAACUCAUCACCCUCUCCGUGCAGGAUGCACCUAUCAAGAAAGAAUUUGUCAUUAAUCCCAAUGGGAAGUCUGAAGUUUGCAUACUGCAUGAAUAUAUGCAACGAGUCCUGAAGGUUCGCCCUGUUUACAAUUUCUUUGAAUGUGAGAACCCAAGUGAACCUUUUGGAGCCUCAGUUAUUAUUGAUGGAGUAACUUAUGGGGCAGGAACUGCCAGCAGCAAAAAACUUGCCAAGAAUAAAGCUGCUCGAGCUACACUGGAAAUCCUUAUUCCCGACUUUGUUAAACAGACCUCUGAGGAGAAGCCCAAAGACAGUCAAGAACUUGAGUAUUUUAACCAUAUCAGUAUUGAGGACUCACGGGUAUAUGAACUCACCAGUAAAGCUGGACUCUUGUCUCCAUAUCAGAUUCUCCAUGAGUGCCUUAAAAGAAACCACGGAAUGGGAGAUACAUCCAUCAAGUUUGAAGUGAUUCCUGGGAAAAAUCAGAAGAGUGAAUACGUGAUGACGUGUGGGAAGCACACGGUGCGAGGCUGGUGCAAAAAUAAGAGAGUGGGGAAGCAAUUGGCUUCCCAGAAAAUCCUGCAGCUCCUGCACCCCCACGUGAAGAACUGGGGCUCUCUCUUGCGGAUGUACGGGAGGGAGAACAGCAAGCUGGUUAAACAGGAAACCUCUGAUAGAAGUGUGAUAGAGCUUCAGCAGUAUGCCAAAAAGAACAAGCCAAAUCUGCACAUCCUGAACAAGUUACAGGAAGAAAUGAAAAAACUGGCACAGGAAAGAGAGGAAACACGAAAGAAACCCAAGAUGACAAUAGUGGAGUCGGCUCAGCCUGGGAGUGAACCUCUCUGCACUGUUGAUGUGUGAGGAGAAAAUGCAAGUGGGGAGCAAUAACACAAACGGAGGAACUAGAUUCUCAACAAUUAUUUAAAAAUUGUUUGCUGCAGAAUGCAAGAUAACUUUUAAAAUCCAAGCUGCUUCAGUUAUGCAUUGUUCUUUUUGCAUCAUCAGGGCAAUAUUACUUUUUCCUAGUUUCUUUUUCUUUGGUUAGGUAUUUUUCCUUUUUUAAUACCUCUGAGAUAUGUACGUUUAAAGGAUCGAUCAUAAGGUCUCUUACUUGGCAAAUGCACAGAGCACAGGCAUGUUCACACAGGAUAAAAUCAAUCAAGCACUUUUUCCUGGAAAGCCAUCCAUGUUGUUUGAAAUGGAUGUAUUUUAAGUAUGAAAUUCAGAAUAUCUAUGUACAGGUUGAAGCCGAUAUUAUAUAUAUACACAUUCAUAUAUAUGUAUAUAUAAAAGAAAUAUAUGUACAUCUUCUUGUAUGAACAUGCCUAAAACUAUUUUUGUGAAAAGUUUUGUUGCAUUUCAGCACAUAAUAAUAUGCACUGAUAAGACACUUUGGUGACAAAUACAGGAAAGUGAUGAGCAAUGUUCCUAAUGCCAUAGGAUUAGGCCAGUAAUGCUGUUUUUGUUUUGCUUUUUGUCUCCUGCCAGGCUUAGUUAUUUGAGAGCACAGGAUACAGAUUUUUUUACUACUUGAAAAGAACAAGUACACCUGGUAGUGUUAAGAGUAACAGGUUGGAUAUCCAAAAUUACUGGACUUUAUUUGAAAUAAAAAGAGCCUGUGUUAGUUUACAGAUCACUUGAACGGGGAAAAUAUGGCCCUAGUUGUAUGAUUAAAAUAAAAACUGUAGUUUGAAAGGCUGUUUUCAAAGCUUGGAGCCAAAAUGCAGCUGAUGAUGGUUGAUAGUCUAAAUAUACUUUGCCAAUGAUGUGUUUAAAGACUUUCCACUCCCUUCUCCCAGCAAUAAAACAAUUUCUUAUUUGUUUGGUGUCAGAUUACAUCUGACUUGAUCAAUUAAGUCUUAAUUAAUUUGCACCAUAAAAGCAAAGAAUUUAAAAAAGAAUCAACACAACCCUAAAAUCUGAAAUAACUGCAGCAAUUUAGGUUUUUUUUAAGAAGCCUUUGUUUUUACUUUUUUUAAUUACAUUUUUAGUUUUUAAAGACAAUGUGUAACUUCUGCAAACUAGAAUGUAGAUUUGGGUUAUGACAUAGAGUAAUGAGUAGAAUGAGACCAUAACUGGCUAUGCUCCUAACUAAGGAAGUCACAAAUAUGCAAAGUGUUCUCAGCUGCAGCACAGGCAGUGUGGGCAGGAGGGGUUGGCAGCACAGCACAGGAGGGGCGUGGGGUUUGUUCUUCACUGGGUUCUGUGGCACUGCAGUGGCUGCUCUGGGAACCAUCCCUGGGUUCUGUGGCACUGCAGUGGCUGCUCUGGGAACCAUCCCUGGGUUCUCUGGCACUGCAGUGUCUGCCCUGGGAACCAUCCCUGGCUUCUCUGGCACUGCAGUGUCUGCCCUGGGAACCAUCCCUGUCUUCUCUGGCACUGCAGUGUCUGCCCUGGGAACCAUCCCUGGCUUCUCUGGCACUGCAGUGUCUGCCCUGGGAACCAUCCCUGGGUUCUGUGGCACUGCAGUGUCUGCUCUGGGAACCAUCCCUGGGUUCUGUGGCACUGCAGUGGCUGCCCUGGGAACCAUCCCUGGGUUCUGUGGCACUGCAGUGUCUGCUCUGGGAACCAUCCCUGGGUUCUGUGGCACUGCAGUGGCUGCUCUGGGAACCAUCCCUGGGUUCUCUGGCACUGCAGUGGCUGCCCUGGGAACCAUCCCUGGCUUCUCUGGCACUGCAGUGUCUGCUCUGGGAACCAUCCCUGGGUUCUCUGGCACUGCAGUGGCUGCCCUGGGAACCAUCCCUGGCUUCUCUGGCACUGCAGUGGCUGCUCUGGGAACCAUCCCUGGCUUCUCUGGCACUGCAGUGUCUGCCCUGGGAGCUGCUCUGUGUUGGUUCUGCGAGGGGAGAGUGAGAGCUGAGCUGGUGCUGCAGUGAGUCCUGGAGGAGCUGCUCUGCUCUGUCCUACCCUCCUGCUCUGGGCAGUGACCCAGCUCACUCCUCUGCACCUGCUGCAGCUCCUGCCCCUUACCUGGACAGGGACCUGGGGGCUCGAGGGCUUGUUUGCUUUGGUUUUUCUUUUGAUUUUUGCUGGGGGGUUUUUGAUUUCCUGUGUUACAUGGAGAGUGCUGCAGUAUAUUGAAUUUAGUGCCUACUGGAUUUUAACAAUGUUGGCAUCAGUAUUGUAAGACCUCCUUUUACAUCAUGCAUUACUUUGGAAAUACGUGGAGUUUAAUUUCUAUUUCAAGCUGAUGUUCUCUCACGUGUUGCAUAUGAUGUUUGAGGUUAAACAGGAGGAGUCUUGGAGUCUCACCUGUUUCUGUGUUUGAGUGAUACCCUCGGAGGUCUCUGCAAAUACAAAUCCAUCCAUUUUUUUAUUAUUGUAUUUAGCUUUUUAGUUCCACGAGUUGUAAUCCUGGUACAACAGGAUACGGGUAGUUGGAAGACUAUACAUGAACUUAUUAUUUAAAGAAGUGGCCUGUCUUAAAAAAAAAAAAAAGAAACAAAAAACACUGCCUCUGCUUUUUUUUGUAUAGCUUUAAUAAAUCUCCAUCCUUUGAAGGGUAUAUAAUAUUGGUGCAGCAGUGACAAGCAGUGAUUGCUGUUUGUCUCUUUGUUUUUAUUGGAUUUUUUUUUUGUUUAUUUUCCUAAAGACAGGGCUUAUAUCUUCUAUGCCUAAAUAGAUAGGUUUUAUUUCAGCUUCUCUGUUUUCAGCAGAAAAAUCUGUACUUGGAUGGCACUGUAAAAGACAAAUCACCCUUGUAGAUCUUUUUAUUUUUCUGAAACCAGAAUGUCAAUGCAUUUGCAGGUCACCUGCAGAAUAUCCAUAGAUGCCUCGCUUACCAAUUUGUUUUCAUUAAUUUUAAGAGGAUUGCUGUAUUACCUCACUCUGCCACUAUCAGAUUCACAAGGUGACCAUUGCCCUUAAUAAACACCCAGAGAUUUCAUUGUGAACCAAAGCCUAGAACGUGUAUUAUGCAUUCUAAACAAAAACCAACCACCACGAUGGUAUCAGACCUUGCUGCAGCCUUUAACUGGAGAGAUGUCCAGGAACCCGCAAUAACUGCUGGAACAAACAAGGAACUGCUGUUUAUGUCUGUGGAGUAUUCUUGUGUUUUAAUGUUUACUAUUGUUUGGAGUGUAACAGUCUUGCAUUUGCACAUAAGCACGAGCUGCUGUGAUAGAGGAUAGAUCAUUGCAUUAACUUCAGCUUCUGCAUGAACACUUACAGUGUGAUUCAAGAUGUAUCCUAAACUUGUCUUGUAACUUGUGUGUUUUCUAGGUAAUCGGCUGUAAAGGUUUAGAUCUGAUUGUAUGAAUGCAUAAAACAACUGCUGCUUUUGUCACUGAUACUUGUUAUUUAUCCCUUCUAUAUCCAGAGGAAGAUGGGUAUUUUUAUAGGGAUGGAGUGUAUUUUUAAGAACUGUUCCAUCCUUUGGGGAUUAGACAGUUUUGCUUUGCAUAUUAUGUGCUUCUUGACAAAAGUGUGGUUUAUUGACUUUAAGGAUUCAAUUAGUGUGCAUUCAAAUCUUCAUGGUACUGACAGAAAACUUACUGUGACUUGCAGUGACUAGUCAGAUGCUACCUACUGAAACACAGUCAUCAGCUUUUUUACAUAUUUAUUAGGCAGAACUGAUGAAUUAGUUGGGUACUCAGAAGUUUGGAAAGACUAUUAUGCAUAAACUUAACUGUUGUAUGUAAACUUCCAUUCUCCUGUGAUGCUGUUAGGCUUUAUACAAAUAUAUUUGUAACAUCCAAGUAUUUAAAAGCAUCAUGAUUAUCUUAUUAAUUCUCUAAACUGUACUUUGGUCCUGGAGUGAAGUUGAGGAAGUGAUAUCCUCCUAACUUUCCGUGGGAAGGAAUGUGAAGUGCAAGAAGCCAUGCUGUUAUUAACCAAAUAAAUGAUCAGUUACAGUAUUCCAGUGUGUAUCUGGAGGUGGGAAAACAAAACAAACCAGAGUCCAUCCGUACUGCCCGAGCAGGUAACAAUGGUUGCUCUUUGAGUUGUGGUGGGUGCAGUUGCUUGAUGCCAGUGCUAAAUUGGUACAACUAUAAAGCCUCAUUUUCACUGAGCCUCUGCUUGCUUUUUUUCUGCACAAUCAUGUAAUCCUCUGUGUUUGGUCUUUGAGUACUACAUGUGUAUUUUUCAGACAAUUAGUUUUGAGCAAUAAAGUUUGAUAUUAUAAAAUGCACCAGUGUGAUCAGUAUUACCAUGGCUUAAGCAUAUCUAGAAAAAGGUACUUUUUUAUUCCUUGAGUCCUGUAGGUGUUUUUCAUAGAAAAUUAAAUUAGUGCAGGCUCUAACUUCUUGGUUAGGGAAGUACUUGAUCCCCUUCUUGGUAAGGAAUUGAAUGUUUAAAUGGUUAAACCCUUGGAAUUACAGUGUUUUCUUGAACUGGGAUUUGUAUUUUUACUUCAAUGAUGUCAAGGUUGGGAGUGUCUCAGCCCAAAGUGCUGCUUUUGGUACCUGCUGUCACUGGACAGGUGGGGUGUCAGCACAGCUGGGGGCUGUUGUUGGUCAGGCCACAUUAAAUGUGUAUCAGAAGUAUGUUUGGUAACUUGAGAUUUCAGAUGGUUUUUCCUUCUCCCAGUCAGUGCUCUGUCUGCUCUGGAGUGUGGAUCACAGUCUGUUCAUGGCAGCUGCUGAGAUCUGGAGAGUGACUCUGCCUGGAGAGCACCCCGGGCUGGGCUGGGACUCAGCCAGGUUUGUCUCUGCACACGGGAAGUGCAGCUGCAGGUGCUCAGUGGGGUCACUGUCCUGGUGUGUGUCUGUGCUGGGGGUUUGUCUCAAACACAAACUGCCUUUGUCUCCUGCUGCACAGGGCUACGACUAAAACAGCUGGGAAGAUACCUGAGGAAAGAUCCUUUGGAGCCCAGGGCAGAGGUUUGGGACAGAGCACCAGGGUCCAGAAGUAUUUCAGCUAUAACUCAAACACUGAAGGAGAUGAGGUUGUACUCCUUGUUUUCUCAUUCCUCAGUGAUCCCUGAAUUACACAGCUCUUCCAGAAAUACACUUUCUGUGAGGCCAAGGUUACGUUUUCAGAGCUCCUGCAGGAUCAGAACACUUCAGUGGGGCUACAGAAGUUCCUGGAGAUCACUGUGCCAGGGGAGGUACUUGACUGAAGGCACCCCCUGAGCAGCCUCACUGACACUGAGAGGAGGAGCCUCUUGACCAAAAAUGACAAGUGUCUUCCCUCUCCUGCCAUGGCCUGACUGGGGCAGUUUGCAGGGUGAGGGCCUGGCUCUGAGGUUUAGGACACUCACGCGUUGAUUGUCCCGUCCGUGCUGCUCCAGCCUGGUCAGACUGACUGUGGCUGAGGGGAGGGGGGCACUGAGGGUGGACUGAGUUCGUCACUUCCUAGGGAAGAGUCAGCAGUGAGAUGAUUUGUGGAAGGUUUAAGGUUGCUCCAUCUUCACUUGCCUGUUCUGACAGGCUGGCAGAGCCCAGGGGAGCAGUGGCAGUGCCACCCUCCGGCGUGCCUGGUGUUGGCUGGGGUGAGUAGCAGCUGUUCACUAAGGGUGGUGUGUCACACUCACGGGAAGGGGGGGUGGUGCAUUAAAAAUCAGCCCAGGUUUCAAGUAGUUGUAUCUGCACAGAGUUGUGGAAUACUUUAUUUAAAGCCACUUCAAAGAGGGAGACCACUAUGGGCAUGAGGAGAAAAGUAGAUUUUGGGCUUAAUAGUACCUAAUGCCCCACUUCUGGAAGUGUCCAAGGCCAGGUUGGAUGGGGCUCUGAGCAACCUGGUCUAGUGGAAGGUGUCCUUGCCCAUGGCAGGGGGCUUGGUAUGAGAUCAUCUUUAAGGUCCUUUCCAAAACAAACCAUUCUGUGGUUCUACAAUAAUGAAAUUUAAUUCAUGAGUAUGAUAAAAGAACUCAAAGCCUUGCACCUACUCUGCUGUACAGAGAUUUAUUCCCUGGAUGUUACAGACACGAUGUUAUGGACGCAGCUGGCAAGGCAGUGGUUUGUGCAGUGUCUCUGAGUCAGGGUGACUCUCCAUGGCCAGCAGCUGCCUGGCUCCCUGCUGUGUCCAAGGGGACCCCUCCCGCCGUGGGCUGAGCUGCUGAGCUGCCAUUGGGGUAUUGGACGCGCUCGAAGCAGAGCAGUAACUCACAGUGCCUGGUCUGGGGGAACAGAUCCACGGCCAUGGCUCGCACGGGGCGGAAGGAGGCUCCUUUCACCCUGUUGGACGGGGCCCGGCAGAGGCUGAACGGGAAAGGACAGAAAGGGGAGGAAGAAAUGAAUCCAUGUUUUAGUCUGCUCAUCACCACUGCUGUUCUUCUAAGAGCUCCCUCUCCCCAGCAAGCACUAUUUGUCUUCUUAAGAUUAAGUCAACCUAAUGCAAGAAACACUCACUCUACAAAGUUGUUCAUCGCGGCUCUGGGAUUGCAGGAGACAUAAAUGAGCUUCUUAAGAUGUUCAGCUCUUCUAAUGGCAAGAAUUACCUUGGAAUCUGGAUGAUCAAAACCAAGACAGCUGUUUAGUGGCUCUGUGUGCAGCAACAGACUGGCACAGAAAUUCCAGGAACAAACUGCUGCACUACCCCGCUGGUCCAGGCCGUUCCUGCAGCCUCCACCUCAUCUGUCCCGUUGGUGUUCCCUUGGGUUCCCCACCCAGCACCCCCGAGGAGAACAGCCCCAGCUGGGGAACUUACGCAGCCCUGCUCGUGGGGGAUCCACAAUAGUGACCAGGUUCUGAGGAGCCAAGACGUUCAUCAGGGAAGGGACAACAUCUUCUGCCUUCCCACAGUAAAAUUCAAUAUUGUUCAGUUCUGUAAGAACAAGAAGGGAUGUCAGAGUACUUACCAAAGCAUUUUCAGUACACUACAUUAGAUAUUAAGUUCUGAUGCCUUAGAAACUACAAAUUGCUUAGUCUACCAUGAAAUCAGUGAAAUUUAAACAAUCACUGUUAUUUCAGAUCAUUUAAACAACAGUAAUUUGAGCAUCUUCCAUUAUCUGGACUAAAGCAAAACCCCACAGCCAACAGCUACUAUUAAUGUUUUAUUUAGGAGGAUAACUGGUUUCAUUUCACUUCUACACCUGAAGAAGGAAAAAAAGCUAGCUUUUAGUCAAUGGGUGAAUUGAUCCUGUGGGUUAACAUGGUAUUUGUUUUCAAGAGAGAUUAAGUGUUUAAAAUGGACAAGAUCACUAUCAACAACAUGUAAUUCCAGGCUGCUCAGAUAAGGUAAAGAUCAACUGGCUGUACAACUACUGCUUAACAAACAGAGCACUUCAGCUCAACUCACCAUUGAUCUGGGCAUUGGCUUUGGCAUCCUGCACAGCUUCUUGGCACAGCUCAAUUCCAAUCACCUUCUUCACUUUCUACAGAAUGAAGGGGAAAAGCUCCCUCUGUGUAAGUUUAACCACUUUUCACAGCAUCAGCAAUUAACAGGAACUUUGCCCAGUACCUGGUCACGGAAUUAUUGCCUUGCAGGCAGAAAAAGGCUGAGAAGGGACUGUGCAAAUCCAUAGUGACUUUUUCAACUGAAAUUGUGGGAUGAACACCCUUUAUCCCAACCUGUAUGGGACAGACAGACUCCAGUUAUGCUGGUGUCUUUCUUUUUUGGGGGCCAGACUUCCUUACAUGCUCUAGCAAACUCCACUCUACCCAGAUGUAAGAAAUGUUGGUUAUUCAUAUCUAGAGCUUGCUGAGGAAGUCCAGACUGAAUUAGUUUCAAAAUAAUUCAGGCUGCUCAACACGACGGUGAGCUUCCAUAAUGACUUGGUAAAACAGCUGCAGGCAGUUUAAUGAGGCAUUGUUUGAAAAAAAUUAAGAUCCAGUGUGCUGCAUUCCAAAUGUAUCAAGUAUUUUCUUUCAUUGUAACCACCCUUUCAAUGAGCUAAGAAAGGCAGUUAGCCCAGCUUGUCCCCAGGAGGAGCAGGGGCUCACCUUGGCCAGGGAGAUGCCGAUGGUUCCUGUGCCACAGCAGAUGUCCAGCACGGUGCUGUCAGGGCUCAGCUGGGCCCAGUCCCCGAUGGCCGCGUACAGAACCUCUGCAGCCGCCGUGUUCACCUG